UGACAAAUGGUUUCCCCGUUGAAGCUGUGCAGCUUGAAUAUUGGGACAGAUGGGACAGUGUGCUGGGAGCAAUGGCAAUGAAGACUUGCAGCUGUUGUGCUACAACUGUGUGCACGACAUGUACUUCCCCAUGUAUGUGGUGAAGGUGAGCGACUUUGUGCAGAUGAGUGGCACGCCGGAGGCUCAUGGCGCCUUACUGGCUCGUGGGAUUCUGCAUACCUGGACGCCAGGCAUGUUUGUGGCCUUUGUAUCUCACCAAUGGCUGGGAUUUGCCCACCCAGAUCCCAUGGGCUGUCACACGUCCAUGCUGCGGGACACCUUGCUGGCGGCGAUCGACGGGACCUUGGCGAUCGAGUCCGACAUCGUGACGCAGAACCGCGGCGGAGCCACGCGCAGCUUCUCCGCCGAGACGCGGCAGCAACUGGCCGAGGGGUACCUCUUUUUAGAUUGGUUCGCGAUCCCUCAGAUCACAGCCCGGAUGCCAGGCGUGAACGAGGAGGUUUGCAAGUCGGAGGCGGCCAAAGCGGUGCAAAGCAUCCCCGCCUACGUGGAGGCGGCGGAUUUAUUCAUCGCGCUGGUUCCUGAGGUGAAGCACCAGGACCGAGGGGCAUACUGCAACUACACGAGCUGGCUUUCACGUGGCUGGUGUCGUGCAGAGCUUUGGUGCCGACUCCUCUCACACAAACCAGACACUGGGGUGAUCCUCCUGCACAGCACCAAGGAUGUGAGGUAUAUGUUUCCCUUGGAUUGGCAAUUGAACACCAUUGUGGAUGGCGAGUUCACGGUGGAAGAAGAUCGUGACGUGGUCGCCAAGCUCGGAGAAGUGGCGGUGGACGAGAAGAUCCGAAGUCUCAGAGCAGAGCACUCGCAAUGCUACUACCGUUGGUUUGUGGCUUCUCGACCCAGACUUCUCGGCCAAGACCGUGGAGUUUCCGACAAGGAAAGCUUUUUGGAGAAGUUCCAGUUCCUUAGUUGGGAAGCAGCCAUCUUCGGCGAUGAGAGUAACAUGACAGGCU